UGUAGUUUUGAUCAGCGACACUUGUCCCUUUCGAAUUGUCUACAGAUAUGUUGAUAGACAAAGUCUAAACCGACCUUUAUGGUUUAAGGACGUCUCAAGGAUCCCGCAUUGCAUUAAGCUUUCUAUGCCCGUUAUUAUUUGGGUCAUUGAUCGAUUGGCAACUGUGUAACAGCUUUUUCCCCACACAGACUGCCUCACCUCACCCAUGAGUCUACCGGCCGCCCCGCCCAGUUACGCUGAAGCCAUGGCAGGGGACAAGGAGCAGAUGUACGGUGGAGUGAUGGUGGCAAUGCCCCUCUACAGUGACAACCUGCCCCCCAUGCCCCCUCCAACGGUGCCCAUCCACACCAGCUGGGCCUACGUGCACCCCAGUCCCAGCCCGGGCUACACCAACCCCUACGCUUCUGACAUGUCCUCUCCCUUCUCUGACCCCAGCACCAGCGACAGCUUGGAUGGAAGCAACUGGGAGGACAAGAACAUCCGACGUAUGUUCAUUCGCAAAGUUUUCUCCAUCCUCAUGGUCCAACUGUUGGUGACCUUUGGUAUCGUGGCUCUCUUCACGUUUUGUGAACCAGUCCGGCAGUUUGUGCAGUACAAUCGAAUCCUCUACCUUGCCUCAUACAUCAUCUUCAUGGGGGCAUACCUGGUGCUAGUCUGCAGCACAAGUGCCCGGCGACAGUAUCCCACCAACCUCAUUCUCUUGGGGAUAUUUACUUUGGCAAUGUCUUACAUGGCAGGAAUGCUGGCUAGCUACCACAACACUAAAGUGGUGAUGCUGUGUGUGGGCAUUACCGCCAUGGUGUGUCUGUUCAUCACGCUCUUCUGUUUCCAGACCAAGGUGGAUUUUACGUCGUGUCACGGUCUGCUCUUCUCUCUCAUGAUGGUGCUGAUGGUGACGGGACUGUUGCUCCUCUUCACCGCACCCUUCGGAUAUAUACCUUGGUUGCAGACAGCGUACGCUGGACUGGGUGCCCUUGUCUUCACGUUGUUCUUGGCCUUUGACGUGCAGCUACUGAUGGGCAACCGGCGGUACUCCCUGAGUCCUGAGGAGCACGUGUUCGGAGCGAUGUGCCUUUACAUGGACGUGGUCUACAUCUUCUUCUUCCUCCUACAGCUGUUUGGGAGUCAGGAGUGAAGUCACACCACCUUGUAGUCACGUUCAAUAGCCCCCCCCUUGCUGAGUUUACUUUAUUAGGAUCUCGUUUAGCGACUGCACAUGCAGCAGCUACUAUUCCUGGGGUCCACUUAAAACGUACAAAUACAUUACAAAGUACAGAGCAGUAAUAGACAAGAAUAUAAGAUAUUACAUUAAAUUCAAAAUAACAAUGAAGUAAGGUUGUGUGUGUGUGUGUGUGUGUGUGUGAGAAAGACACAACAAAUGUUCUUUUCACACACGUCAUAUAUUCUUAUACACAGUAAAGUUAGAUUAGCUCUAUAGAAAGAGGAGAGGUGAUGUUUUUUUAAAGCUAUACUUGCUUUUUGCCUGAGAAACCUCUGGUGGCAGAGUAAUUCCGCAAUGCCACAUGGCUCUUUACAGAACAGGAUUGCCACACCACCUUGUCACAUUCAAUAGCUCCCCCUGACUCUCUCUGCCUCCUCAAGUGUAUACAUCUACUCUGAUAUCCUUAUGCACGUACUUCUGUUUGGUUACGCUCGUACAAGCACACGCACAUUUGAGAAUGGAUACAAAUACAUACCGGCACAUAUUUGUAAUCUGACGCAAAUACACACCCGCAGUACACUCACACACCCGCAGUACACUCGCACACCCGCAGUACACUCGCACACCCGCAGUACACUCGCACACCCGCAGUACACUCGCACACCCGCAGUACACUCGCACACCCACCAUAUACUAACACAUCCGCUCUGAGGUAUCUUAUAAAAGCAUAGUUUGCGUAUAUUUUUCCUCUCCCUGAAUGUUGACACACAACUUAAUUCAGUUUAAAAAAUAUAUAUAUAUAUAUCAUUUGAAGUGUGCGUGUGUGUGCGACUGCUGGGAUUUCAGUUCUGUCUGCACAGGCAAGUUCCUACCUCUAGGGGGCACUUCAGCUCUUGCCAAUCUCUGGAGUGUUGCUAGCUGUGGGCCUGUGUAAAGGUUAGAACCAAUCUAGGGGAGUGUUGUUGUUCGGCAGUGUAAGGCAAACUGGUCUUCAGGGCUGGGGUCAAUUUGAAUUGUAGACGGGUCAAUUCAGAAAGUAAAGUUGAAUAAUAAUUUUAAACAAUUUUAAAUGACUUUUCAAUAAACUGAGGAGUAGAAGCUAUUUAUUUCUAGUGUUUAAAAAAAAUGUAUUUCCUGAAUUGACUUGCCUUCAAUUAAAAUUGACCACAGCCCUGUUGGAUGUUAGAUCUGCACCGAGGCAGUGUUGGAAGGUAAGCUGAUAUCAGAUCUGCCCUACGUCUCCCAUGUUACUCUUAGGACGUGACCAGGCAGUUGACGAAUCACAAUGAGAUUGCAAAAGAAUAAGCUGACUGUGUGCUGUUGGUGGACAACCAGUUUGCUGAGACAGAUAUGAGAACGGGUUAAUUGCAACCACGUUUAUUCGGGGUGACUUGUGGUUGACCAGUUAAAUGGACACUGGCUGAUUCCCCUGGUAGUACUUCAACUUUUCUUGUCUUUGUUAUAUUGGAAUAUAUAUAUUACAGUUGACAAAUCAGAGUCAUUGCUUUUGUUUAAACAAUUACUUUAAACAGUUUCAGUCACUGUCUGGUGAGUAAAAGUAUUUCAAGAUUACAUUUAUGCCCUUAAAAUCACAUUUAUAGACAUUGAUUUAACCAAGCCAAAAUUUGACCCCGAUUUUGGCACAUCUGGAUUUUCUCAUAUGCGUCUGUGAAACGUCAUCAAGCCAAUGAAGUUGAAGGAUAAAAGUGACGCUUGCAGUCCUUGGUGCAAUAAUUUGUCUUUGGCUAGGUUGCGAUUCUCUAGCCUCGUAUUACCAAGCUGAUUACUGCUGCGGAAUCCGUGAAGCGAAACAGAAUGUAAGCUUGCGAGACUUCCGGAUGGUUGUACGAGGAUACCGAUUCUCUACCCUUCUGUUGUACAACCUUCUGGUGUUCGAGGUUACCCUUUUCCAGAAUUUUGCACUCGUUCAUCCCGCCUCAUGCAAUUUAAAAGUAUUGGAUUGGUGCAACAUAGCUGGAGGGUGUUUUCACCGUAUUUCUGACACCAGUCCAUCCUUUUAAAUAAGGGGGGGUUGCACACUUUGGAAGAAGUUUAAAGAAAAAUAAUGUAGCUCUUGACUAAGGAAUGCUUUUUAGGGGGCAAGUUUAGUUUCUUUGUUACAUUUAACUCACUUCCUCUACUUUGAAUUUACGUGCCCGUGUUAUGAGGUUGUCAAGGCAGAUUUCAAGUUAUACUAUGCCUUGGACUGAACUGACAGGUAGUUUUUUUUGCUAUCAAAGGUGUUUUUAAAUAGAGUAGUCGUGUGUCUCUUCAAAUAUGUAUGAACCGAACUCGGAUGUAGAACUUGUAUAGAGGCAUGUUUUGAGGUUGUUUUAGUUCAAUUGUGAAGUAAGAGAACUUCGGGAGGUGGGGUCAGUGUGACGUCAGUUGUCAUUAGCUGACAUUUGACAUGUUAUACAUAUGUCAGGGGUGUUCGACAUAGGCUUAAACCGAGUUAGACACGCUUAGAACAUUCAACUUUUGAAUAUUUUUUUUAUUUAUUGUUGUUGUUGUUGCAUUUAUUACCUAGAAUAAACGAACAUUUCCUUUUUUAGAUGCCCUGUAGUACACUUUAAUUAUGGCAAAGGCUGGGCUCGUUCUGUUAGGCUGUAUAGGUGCACUGUUUAGUGUGGUCUCUUUUUCACAAUGAAACUGCCUAGUGCAUCCAAUAUAAUUUGCACGAAGUGAUCGCUAUAGAAUCUCCAUAACAUUUGUUAGAACUUUGUGUAUUUUAAAAGCCAAUUAUUUUUGGUGAAAAGUGAAAAUCUGGCACAUUAACUUUGUAAUACUGAACAAAAAUAUAAACCGGUCCAUUUCUACGAUUUUACUGAUUUACAGUUAAAAUAACUAAAUCAGUCAAUUGUAAUAAAUAACUUAGGCCCUACUCUAUGGAUUUCACAUGACUAGGCAGGGGUGUAGCCAUGGGUGGGCCUGGGAGGGCAUAGACUCACUCACUUGGGAGCCAGGCCCAGCCAAUCAGAAAUGAGUUUUUUCCCCCAUAAAAGGGAUUUAUUACAGACCGAAAUAGCCCUCAAUUUCAUCAACUGUCCGGGUGGCUGAUCUCAGACGAUCCCGCUGGUGAAGAAGCCGGAUGUGGAGGUCCUGGGCUGGCGUGGUUACACGAGGUCUGCGUUUGGCAGGCCGGUUAGACGUACUGCCAAAUUGUCUUAUGGUAGAGAAAUGUACAUAACAUUUUCUGUCAACAGCUCUGGUGGACAUUACUGCAGUCAGCAUGCCAAUUGCACGCUCCCUCAACUUGAGACAUCUGUGGCAUUGUGUUGUUUGACUAAACUGCACAUCUUAGAGUGGCCUUUUAUUGUCCCCAGCACAAGUUGCACCUGUGUAAUGAUUAUGCUGUUUAAUCAGCUUCUUGAUAUGUCAGGUGGAUGGAAUAUCUUAGCAAAGGAGAAAUGCUCACUAACGGGGAUGUAAUCACAUUUGUGCACACAAUUUGAGGGAAAUAAGCUUUUUGUGUGUAUGGAAAAUGUCUGGCAUAUUUUAUUUCAGCUCAUGAAACAUGGGACCAACACUUUACAUGUUGUGUUUAUAUUUCCGUUCAGUAUAAUCAAAGUUGGAUCACACCUUAAAUUAAUUGCACGUCAAAAAGCCUGCCGGAUCAUUUGAUAAAGCCUUCACAAACAUGGCACACAUACAGGUUUAUAAAUGAUUUACGAACUGGUUUAAAACGUGUGUGUGUGUGUAACUGAAACACUUCACAAGGAAUAAUGCCACCUAAUAGUAGUUUAUGAAUGAUUCAUAAAGCCUUCAUGUCUUCUGACCAAAACGGUGUGACUGUAGACUUUUGGGUGAUCUAAACUUGUAACAUUCAGGUUUAAGCUUUUUUUUUUUUUAAGCAAACAUUUCUGGGUGGUUGAUACUGACAACAAUAAAUCCUUGAUUUUUUUGUUGUUAAUAUUGACAAAAUAAGGAAAGUUUUUUUUUUUUGAAAACAAUGUGUAAAUACUUUCUUAAUUAUGUGAAAUAGAUAUUUAUGUGAGUAGUUAAAAGUAAUUUAUUAUUUAGCCUACCCUUGUUAAAGAGGAGUUGUAUUAUCUUAUCCUUGUUCACCAGCCAGUCUAGAGGCCUGGUAAGCAUGCCUUUUUAAAACGUCAUAGGUAAAUGUUCAUGUACAUGUUUAAGUACUACUCCUGUUCCUAUUUAUUCUUGUACAUUACUUUGAUUUUAUUUCCGUAGAUGUCACCAGAUUGAGGAAACAGUUUUAACCAUUAAUGUAUGAGUCAAUGCUCCUGUAAAUUGCUCUGCAUCGGAAGCAUCUGCUAAAUGACUAAAAUCUAAAAUCUAUGUAUUCUGUAUGGUAAUACACGUUUUGACGCUUUUGAUAUCAUUUUUAAUUUGACUUAAUUCACUCUGGGUCAUAACUCUGAUGGAUCAAUGCUGUUCUUACUACAUUCCCCCUCUUAAAUCAGUAUUAUUUUACAAAGAAAAUGAAAGACAAUGUUUGACAUUAGUGUAAUGCACCAAUACUCAAUUAGAGUGGGCUGACAUGAACCAACAGAACAAUGUUGAUACAUUGUAAAAUACUCAACAUACUACAACUAUUGUUAUUAUUAUGUCCACCAAUAGUUAGAUUCUGUAUGGUACAUUUAACCUUUUGACCUUAUAUUACACUUAAAUCAUGCACAUUUCUAGCCCUACCUAUUAUACCCUGACUGACCACUGCUCUCACGUGCAAGUACGGAUAAUAUUGUGGAUUUUUCUGUUCAUGGAACAAACCUUCUCAAUGGUGUAUGCUUCUCCCUUUUCUACUGUAACUAGAAAGAUGGUUCGACCCACAAUGUCUUCGGGAUCAUCAUCUUCUAUUAAAACUUAAGUGGUGUGAUGUACUUGAUGUGUGUGUGUGUGUAAUUUGGUCCCAUAUUUGGUUGCUUCUCGAGUUCGAACCCAAACUCUUGACUAGCCUGCAUGCAGUGACAGUGGUUAAAGUAGAGCAUGACCCUCUUAUAUACCUACCGUAAGUUGAAACUAAACCAUUUUGAUGACAACUCAAUUAGUUUGGAAACCUUCCCCUGUUUGUUGAAGUAAAAGAUGUUGCUUGAAA